UACAGGAUGCGGAUACAUUUCUUUUGCAGCUUCACGAACAUUUUCAAUUGUUCCCUUAUGGUACUGCAACAAAAGUCAAAUAACAGGACUAAGGAAUGCACUUGACAUUUUACAAAAAGCAAAACAUUUGGAAUAAAUAAGGAAAAGAGAAUGUGUCCAAGAGUCAAAGGAGGAAAAGAAACUGUCUUGGGUUUUGGAAAAGUACAUUUGCAAGAUUUUUUAAUUCGUGGAUUGAGGUAGAAGAAAUACUUGAAAAUGAAACUUCCAACAGUGAAACAAAAUCAAGCAUGAUGACAGAGGGGAAAAAACGACGCCAGAUUGCUUGGAAAAGAAGGUUUUGCUUCAGUUGUCAAGCAUUUUUAUCAACGGUGCAAUCAUUGUUCGGGUUCCUCUUCAUUAUGAUGCAAAUCGUGAAAAGCAAAGAUUGUAAAUGUUAUGUAUGCUAUGCAUGACAGGAACCAAAAACAUCUUAAGAAAAUUCCCAAAUGUCAGCAGUCGUCUGUCUGACUUGGGUCAUCAUUAAGUGCGGCUCUUUGUGUUGGGAAAGAAGAUCACUGGAAAGACCAUUUCGUUCUUUUAAUAAGAAAUGGAAAACGGUGGAAAGAACAUGUCUCAAAAUGAACACAGUCAGCUUGGAGAUAAACACAGAAAUGGAAAAUUUGGCUAUUUUGGAUUUCAUCCGUCAUGUCUUCAAUGGCUAAAUUCUCCGUGGUUUUUUCUCGUCUUGGUCGUUCUAGGAGUUGUUUGCAACACUUGUGCUGUUGUUGGUGUACUGGCCGCAUUUCUUCCGCAUAUUGAAAAACGAUUCAAUUUGUCUGGUUUUGAUUCUGGUAUGGUCGCCGCUGCAAAUGACGUUCCCGCUGUUUUACUCGGAUUGUUUGUCGCUCAUUGGGGUCAAUAUGGUAACAAAGUUCGUUGGAUUGGCGUUGGAGGCAUUUUUACGGGUAUUGGAUUCUUCAUUGUCACAAUACCACACUACAUAAUCGACGAUUAUCGACCACCGACAGCGGAAAAUGUUCUGUGUAUACGUACAAAUGUUUCUUCGGUUGCCAAAACAGCAUGUCAAGACAAUAAUGAAAUUGCUCCAAGAUAUCACCUGGCUUUGAUUUUGAUUGGUCAAUUCAUAGCUGGCGUAGGUACUAUACCGCUAUUCGCCUUUCCUCCGGCGAUAUUUCGAGAAACACUCAAACCAAAACAUGUCCCAGCAUGCUUAACAAUGUGGCAAGUUUCUGUUUUUGUUGGACCUCUUCUUGCUUUUGCGUAUUCCGAGGAAGUCUUGGAGACCUGGGUCGACAUAAAGAAGCCAAAAGGAGAACUCUUGAUACCUGAGGAUCCUCGAUGGAUAAGUGCGUGGUGGAUUGCCUUCCUUGGACCUGCAGUUGUAUGUUUUCUGGUUGGUCUUCUUACUUUGGGAUUACCACAACACAUACGCAGUGACUUGAACGACAAUGAGCUGAAAGAAAUUGCUAAAGUUGAUGAUGGUAUGCGUGACAUGACGUUGAAAGAAAAAAUGGAAAAGAUUCCCAAGAUCCUUUGGAACUGCUCUUUGUUGUUUGGCGAGGGCUUAGCUCCAUUUAUUGGGAAAAUUAUGCUUCUUCGCUUUGGCGUGGAUAUUAAAGAUCUUGGGAAAAUAUUGAAUAUUGCUGUGGUGCCGCCUUUAAUACUGGGAGUCACGUUCAGCGUCAUUCUAUCGAGAGUUAUUAAGAUCGAAAAAUCAGGAAAGAAAGCAGCUUUUCUUUGCUUUUUAUUGCACUUUGGUACAAUUUCCUCGCCAACAGCAUGCGUAUUAGAUGGCUGUAAAAAUGUUAAUAUGCCUGGUUAUUCUGUUCCAUAUGGAGAGAGAGUUCCUGUUGCGAAUGGUUUCAACAUUACUAAAGUGUAUUUAAAAAGUGACAAAUUUCCUCUUGCGUCAACAUGUAACUCGGACUGUAACUGUCGUCUAAAUCUUGCUGUACCAAUGUGUGGUAAGGAUGGUGUAACGUAUCUUAAUCCUUGCUUUGCUGGUUGUACAACUCCAACUUCGAUGCUUACGUUUGGUAAUUGCUCUUGCAUUGGAUCAUCAGAUGGUUAUGGCGGUCAUGGUAAAGUUGGUUUUUGUGAUGCUGACUGCAAGAAUUGGCUCACGUUUGUUUUAAUGAUAAGUGUUUAUUCACUUUUUAUUUUUGCGCAACUUGGUCCGUCUAAAGUUGUCGUUAUGAGAUCAGUAAAAGCUGAGCAUUUGACGUUUGCAUUUGCUCUUCAUUACCUCUCAAAUAAAUUGAUCGCCAACAUACCCGGGCCAAUUCUUUUUGGUCAUAUUGUCGACUUGAGCUGUGAUAUUUGGCAGAAAGUUUGUGGAAAAAAUGGUUUCUGUAUGGUGUAUGAUUUAGACUAUAUGAUGGAACUUCUGACCAUAAUUGCAGGAAGUCUUUCUGCGGCUGGAAUUGUUUUCUACUUUCUGUCAUGGAUAGUUUUCAAAGAUGCAGAAGAAAGCAACCAAGUGAAACCAAACUUGGAGAUAAGCAAUCUCGGAUACGAAGCAGAUAUUGUUGUCAAUAGUGUUGUCACCAAAAUGUGAAAUGUACAAAUAGUGAGCGAGAUGAGUGAAGUCUUAUCAAAAUUUUCCUACGUAAUUUAGAGAGUUUUUCAUACAAAUGACGAAAAUUCAGUCAAAUAUUAUGCUCUUAUUCAUUGGUUAGACAUACACCUAUAUACUUUAUUAUCUAAAAAAUGCAUAUAAAAUAUCACUUUAGGCAAAAUGUAAGUAUAUUACAACAUAAAAUAACAAUCAAGUGAAUGGUUAAAAGUUUAAAGUUACAUUAAACUACGAAAAAAUGUUCAA